GAUAAGAAGAACGAAACAUGAGAGACAUGCUACAAUGACCAUCACAGAAGAUUUAAAGGAAUGGACACUAAGAAAGCAGAAAUAGUCACAUGGCUCUUCUUUCUGUUAUUUUCUUACGCGACUGGACAGACUUCGAUAUGUCCAGCCCCAGAAUCAAUCCUCCCAUGUAUAUGCACAAAUCGGCACGAAGAUAUUCAAAUAUGGUGCACACACAGCGACUUGCCCCAAGUAAUAAAAGGUGUUCAGAAAGUUGGAGAUCUCAUCAGGAAACCCAUAGAUGAGUUGAUAGUAGAAAAUAACUAUCUCCCGUCCCUUCCAGGGAAGAUAUUUCAAAAUGUGAAAAUAAUGAGACUUAUGCUCCGCCACAAUGGGCUCGAGCGAGUAUCAGCGGCUUGGCUAGAGUCACAAGAGAUGAAUCUGGUAGAAAUAUUCAUCGUUGAGAAUGAUUUGAGAAGUCUCCCUGCAGAGAGUCUUAUGAAAUUACAAAACCUACAAGCUUUAACAAUUCAAUCACAAAAUCUUAAGAGAAUACCGGCCUUCUCUGGUUUGCAGAAGCUACGUUAUAUAAACAUACAAUCGGAAAGUCUGAAUGCUGUCAAUGAAAACACUUUUGAAAACUUGCCUAACUUAGAGAAAUUGUUUAUUCAAGGAAGUAUAAAUCUUAGAAUACUUCGAGAAAAUGCAUUUUACAACUUGCCAAAGUUACGAAGGCUAGAAAUUACAAAUUGUGGUAUAAACCUCAUACAUAUGAGGGCUCUGUCUCUGCUUCCUUCACUAAGCGAAAUAUCCUUUAGCAAUAAUAAAAUCACAGAUGCAACAAUGGUUGGUAGAGCUAUGAGGGACUUGCCAGUGUUAUCUCAUUUGAAUCUUAAUCAUAAUUUAAUUGAUAAACUAAGCGAAGGCGGUUUUGUCGACCAACCAAUGUUAGAGAAAUUAUUUUUGUCUCAUAACAACAUCAAUGUAAUACACCAUGGAGCCUUUCACAGAGUUCCAAAGCUGAGAGUUGUGGAUUUGAACUAUAACAAAAUAAGUCAAAUACACCCAGAAUCAUUUUUGCAACAAUCCGGCAGUGGAGUUGAAGAGCUCACUUUGAUUGGCAACCAAAUAAUGCACAUUUCAGAGUUUAGAUCACUACUCGAUGCGUUACCUCGUUUGAAAUUCCUAGAUCUUAGUGACAAUUUGUUACAAGAGAUCCCACGAGGGGCCCUAAGAGGUCACCCCAGUUUGGAAAGAUUACAUUUGAACAAGAACAAUAUUAAAUUCAUUCAAACAGACGCUUUUGUGGCCAUGCCUGCUUUGCGAGAGUUACAUCUAAGUAACAAUUCAUUAAAUGACAUGAAUGAAGGUCCUUACUGGAAUUUACCUGCUCUGAAGGGAUUAGACUUGUCUUACAACUAUUUCACACGAAUGCAACCAAAACUGUUGUAUCAUCUUCCAUCAUUACGAAGGAUCAACUUAAGUCAUAAUCAACUAUCAAUAAUAGACCCAAUAACGUUCAUGGAGUUGCCAUUAUUGGAGUACGUGAAUGUAUCAGGAAAUAGUUUAGUAUCUAUACACCCCGCUACCUUUAGGAAUUUGGCAAAUCUUUACGAAUUGGACGCCAGCGUAAACAGAUUGAUAGAAUUUGUUCCUGGAUUACCACGAGGUCUAGAAAAGUUAUAUCUCCAUCAGAAUCAGAUAACAAGCUUGCCGACGCCUCCAUCACCAGACUUAGAUUUACCAUCUUUGAGAACUUUAGACAUUUCGAGUAAUGGCAUCCAGAAAAUUCCUCACGGGAGCUUGAAAACUUUGCACAACUUACGACGAUUUUAUAUGAAGAGGAAUGGAUUAAGGCAGGUUGAAAUGACCACUUUCAGUGAUUUAAAUCGACUGGAAAUUUUAGAUUUGAGCUACAAUCAAAUUAUGGCUAUUCACCCAAAAAGCUUUAGCAAACUGAACCAACUAAAACAAGUAAACUUGCAUGGAAACACUAUUGAGAACUUUGACUUCAUGGCAAUUCAAGAUAAUGCUGCUCUAUCUACUCUAGAUUUCAGUAAAAAUAAACUAAAAAGUAUAAGUCCUAACCUCGUGAACAGAGCUCUAGAUGUGGAGACAUUAAAUAUAUCUUCGAACAAUCUGAACGAGUUGCCAGCUACUUUGAACAUGAUGUCUCGGCUAAAAGUUUUAGAUGCUAGCUACAACCACAUAAAACAUUUUGAUGGUAAUUCCAUAAACAGCAUAAACACACUAACCGAAUUUAAAAUGCCGAACAAUAAGUUAAUGGAACUAAGGACUGGAAGUUUUAAAGACCUGAGAGAUCUUGAAACAAUAGAUUUGGACAACAAUAACAUUGAAGUGGUCCAUCCGAAAGCGAUAGCGAACCUGCCGAGUUUGGUCUCUAUUUAUUUAAGUCGAAAUCACAUAAUAGACUUGCCCGACAGAGUAUUUGCUAAUCUCCCGAAGCUAAGGAUUAUAGAAAUGCAAGGAAAUCGAUUACAAUAUAUUUCGCAGCGAGCUUUCGAGAAUUUGCCCUUGGUUCAAUAUAUGAACUUAAGCAACAAUCAAAUUACCAGUAUCGAUAAUUCUGGAUUGAGGCAAUCGUCUUCAUUGGAAGUUUUAGAUCUUAGUUUUAACAAACUUAUGAGAUUGACGAGAGCGUCGUUUCAGUAUAUGGAAUGGUUGGUUGAACUGAAUUUGGAUAACAAUAUGAUAUGCCACAUUAGCGGCCAGCCUUUCGAUUUCAUGCCCCGCCUCAAGGUUCUUUCUUUGCGACACAAUAAACUAACGACAGUUGUGGAAAACACAUUUGCUAAACUAAGAAAUAACAUCGCCAUUUUGGAUAUUGAUGGUAAUCCAAUAAUUUGCAACUGCCAGAUUGUUUGGUUGAAGUCGUGGCUGUCGGAGUCGUCUUCUAUUGGGCCUAAAUGUGCGGAUGGCACGUACGUUAAGAGCAUGCCAUUUGGAAGAGAUGACUGCUCAAACACUGCAGUGACGAAAUUAGAAGAAGGAGACCUGAGAACGUGUGUAACACACGAGAACGAAGCCCUGCUACCAAACUUGGCGACCUCACAAGUAUAUUCAACCUUAGACAAAAUUAAAGAUUACACAACUCAAAUUAAGAACACCUAUCAAGUCAACAAAAUUAACAGGCCAUCACCAGAAGAAUCAGAUUACUUCUACGAUGAAUACGUGGAUUAUCCUUACAACGAAACUUUGUUGGACGGAUUGAACAAUGAAGUGAGUGCAUCGCAAAAUAACAAAUCAAGUGGACUUCCAACCUUAUACGCUGCUAUGAAAAAUACGACGGACAGAAACAAGCAAGUUCCUCCAAAGCCUCCGGACAGCAGCUUCACGUUCUUCGGGAUGCCUCUACCACCGAUAGAUAUGGGGAAAAUAUUGAACACAGGACGCAAAAUAGACUGGGUGGAUAAAAAAAAUACGCACACGCAUAGCCACUCUCACUCACAUAAUGGAAAUAAAUAUCACCUACCAGAAGCACCCAAGUUUGAAACUGGUGGGUUCUCACCAAUUCUACCGACGACUGCUGGAGGAUUUAAGCCUAUUCCUGAUCCAACUUUAAAUAUGACGAAUACAGCUGUGCAAACACAAAGUGCUAGUACAACUCACAACAAAAAAGGUGCUGUGGAAGAAACCAUUUCAGUAGUUUCAAUGAAACCACCUAUGAAAACAGUCCAUAACAAUACUACACAUCAGAAAAUUAAAAGUGAAAUACAUGAACUGCAGGCCUAUAUUGAUGAUGACAACAGCACACAUGUUGCCUACAACAGAACCAAAAAUGUUGAAGAACAGAAGAUGGAUCCUAAUAACCUGAGCAAAUACAAUCUGAUGGAGUCUAAUUUAACUAUUACACAAGUUACUGAAAAGGAGAGUUUGCUAAUUACAACAGAUACCAGUAAUGAUAUGUCUCUACAAGCUUGGAUGGAGAGCAGUACUUCCUCCUAUUCCUCAUCAACUGCAGUGACAUCUAAACCACCAAUGAAAAAGCAUAUUGAGCAGGCAGCACCCACAGCUUUAUCAGCAGUAUUAGUACCCAGCACUGCAGAAUUGAAUGAAAGAAAUCAUGGCAAGAGGCCAGCAACAAUCACUAAACUCUGGCAAGUCCAGCUUGUGACUAAUUAUUUCUAA